GUUUCCAGUUGCCAAAUUCCACUAGCACUAGCGUUGAAUAGUCUGAAAAGUUCGAUGGUGUAUCGAUUCUAGACUCUGUUUCUUCCUUCCUUGGUAGGGAGGGCCAACCGGCCAAGUAUCUAUACUUCUAUAGUCCGAGUACAGAUAGGGAUGCUGGCCUUUGCUGAUAGACUACACCCCUACAGCCUGUACCAAUCCCUCAUCAAUGAUCCCACCUGUUGCUCUGUUAGUUAUCGGGAAUAAGAAGUCCUUUCCUCCGUUACAAUAUCGAAUAGCAGCCUGCUCCAUUUUCCACUCCUCUCUCCUUUUGAUUCCGUAUAAAUAGGAUUCCCUAUGGUUGAUAAUUCUUCCUCGCUCUUCAUUUCCCUCAUUCCGCGUCCCGCGGCUUAACUAGAAACAAAAAAAAGAUCUUUCGUCUCUUUCAUACUCGCCCAGAUCUCUUCCUCUUUCUAGUCAUCUCUUACCAACCCAAUCAAAGGUAUUUCCCCCCCUUUCUUCAUCCGAGUGACCAUCUAAUUGUCACGUAAAGGGUUGAUAAGGUAUUUGGAGAAUCAAAGAAGAUGGUCAAAAUUUGCUGCAUUGGAGCCGGCUAUGUCGGAGGGCCCACAAUGGCUGUGAUUGCUCUCAAGUGCCCGUCAAUUGAAGUUGCUGUGGUUGACAUCUCUCAACCAAGAAUCAGUGCUUGGAAUAGUGACCAUCUCCCAAUUUAUGAACCAGGUCUCGAUGAUGUCGUGAAGCAGUGCAGAGGGAAAAACCUCUUCUUUAGUAAUGACGUGGAGAAACAUGUUGCUGAGGCUGAUAUUGUCUUUGUCUCAGUUAACACCCCAACCAAGAGUCAAGGUCUUGGAGCUGGAAAAGCUGCCGAUCUCACCUACUGGGAAAGUGCUGCUCGUAUGAUUGCUGAUGUGUCAAAGUCAGCAAAGAUUGUGGUUGAGAAAUCAACUGUUCCUGUCAAAACUGCUGAGGCCAUAGAAAAGAUUUUGACUCAUAACAGUAAAGGCAUCAACUUCCAGAUCCUUUCCAACCCCGAAUUUCUUGCCGAGGGAACUGCAAUACAAGACCUUUUUAAUCCUGACCGAGUCCUCAUUGGAGGUCGAGAGACCCCAGAAGGGCUUAAGGCUGUUCAAACACUGAAAGAAGUUUAUGCACAUUGGGUCCCUGAAGAACGGAUUAUUUGUUCAAAUCUGUGGUCUGCAGAGCUGUCCAAGCUUGCAGCUAAUGCUUUCCUGGCACAGAGAAUUUCUUCAGUUAAUGCCAUGUCAGCUCUGUGUGAGGCGACUGGUGCAGACGUCAGCCAAGUAUCACAUGCUGUUGGAAAGGAUACAAGAAUUGGUCCCAAGUUUCUCAAUGCCAGUGUGGGAUUUGGUGGUUCUUGCUUCCAGAAAGAUAUUUUGAACCUGGUGUAUAUUUGUGAGUGCAAUGGUCUUCCUGAGGUGGCCAAUUACUGGAAGCACGUAAUUAAGAUCAAUGACUAUCAGAAGGCCCGAUUUGUCAACAGGAUAGUUUCGUCAAUGUUCAAUACUGUUUCAGGAAAGAAGAUUGGAAUCUUAGGUUUUGCUUUUAAAAAAGAUACAGGAGAUACUCGGGAGACGCCUGCAAUUGAUGUCUGUAGAGGCCUAUUGGUGGACAAGGCUCAACUGAGCAUUUAUGAUCCUCAAGUAUCUCAAGAUCAGAUCCAGAAGGAUCUUACCAUGGUGAAGUUUGAUUGGGAGCAUCCUGUCCUGCUUAAACCUGCCAGUCCUACUGCUCUCAAACAAGUUUCCUUUGCUUGGGAUGCAUAUGAAGCAUCCAAAGAUGCUCAUGGAAUUUGCUUUCUAACUGAGUGGGAUGAGUUCAAAACACUUGAUUUCCAGAAGAUAUACGAUAACAUGCAGAAACCUGCCUUUGUAUUUGAUGGUCGGAAUGUUGUAAAUCCAGAUAAGUUGCGACAAAUUGGAUUCAUUGUUUACUCCAUUGGCAAGCCAUUGGACCAAUGGCUAAAAGAUAUGCCUGCUGUACUGUAAAAGGUAUCUCUUUUGGAGUAUCCUUUUAUUGGUGUUACUUCCUGCAGCGAUUUACGAGGAUAUGAUGGCAUAGUAGUAUGUUGGUAGCGGUAGUGUGUUUAGUCUUUUUUAUAUAUAAAAUAAAAAAUAGAGGCCUGAAGCUUCUUUUCUGUUGCUCCUUUUUGGCGAAUAACUAUUUAGACUUCAUAGGGUGCCUUUCUUGUAAUGAGAUCUUUUAACAUUUGCCGAGAUUGGAAAUUUAGAAGUUUCUCUUCUUCUCAUUAGCUACCAAGCAUGAAUCAAACGCUACCCAGGUUAAUGACAUUUUUCUAGUA